AUGUCGACCGUUUUAUUGUAUGGAUACAUGGUUUCUGAAGAUAAUUUGUUGAAGAAUGAGGAUUUUCGAGAAAUGAUCCCUUUAAUGAAAAACGACAGUUAUGUUCUGUUUUUGAACAAAUUCGCUGUUGAUAUGACUCUGAAUUGGUUAUGUAAUACAGAAGAAUUGCCAGGAGUACAUGAAAAGUCAAUAUUUUUAACGAUGGAUCAAGAGGCAACAAGUAAAAUGAGACUUUACUAUCCACAUUUGAAGAUCGUUCGAUUGAAAGUGCCAGCGCUUGAAGAUCCAUUCAAUUACGGAGAUGGACCAUAUCAACUCUUCUAUUUAUUGAGAGCAAAUGUUGCGUUGACACUAGCCAAAUCGGGGAAAAGCUUUUGGAUGAUACAACAAGAUACAUUUUGGCGAACGGGUCUUCCACAGAAAUCUCUUGAAAUUGGAGAAUUAGCUGAAGCGGAUAUUGUUUUUGAUGCCGCUGGGACGAAUACAAGCGAUUUGAUUGCAGGUGGCUAUUACUAUACACGCUCGACUCCCGGCACAAUUUCCUAUUUCGAGAAAUUGGUGCUUGAUCUGAGUUGGUGGUAUGCUCCAGAUAAUGGUUAUAUGACCUAUCUAUGCUAUCGAAAAUUUGCGAAUUGUGUCAACAUGCCGUUUAGUUGGAUCACGAAUUGGCAAUGGAUGUUUUACCCGACAAAAGAGGUUCCACUGCUCGUACAAUUUGAUGGAUAUACGAAAUUGGGAGGAAAAUUGGAAAGUAUGAAAAGUAUGGGUUUCUUUUUCAUGGAUCCUGUAUCGAAAGUUUGCAAUAAAACAGCUGUCUUGUCAGCUCAAGAAAUGGUUGGUCAAGGAAUCCGUCCGAAACUCUCCAUCGAAAUCGGUCAUUCGCAAUUUGCCACUUAUUCUCGUUUGAUUGAAAUCUUCCAAUCCAAUCCAAUCUCUUCAUUGAUUCUCUAUAAUUUCCUGCUACCUUUUGGUCAUUAUGUCAUGUUGACAAUG